AUGCACGUCGCCCUGGCCAUCGCCGCGGCGUCUACUCGCGCUUCUGUGGAAAUGGCACCGUCCAAGUCGCCCGGCGCCUCGUCCGACCGGCCGCUGCCGACCGACACCUACCUCUCCGAGUACAGCAAGAUCUUUGACCACAUCGGCAUGCUGGAGGCUCGCUCCCGCUCGCAGCCCAUCUCUCCCACAGCGGCGGAUGCGCUUCACCGCUCUCGCACCUGGCCGCAGGACAUGCAGAGGAUGGCUGCCUACCACGACGCCAUCAAGCGGAACGCCGCAGUGCACUUCAAGGGCAAGGUCGUGCUCGACGUUGGGUCGGGGACGGGCGUGCUCGCCAUCUGGGCGGCGCAGGCGGGCGCGCGGCGCGUGUACGCCGUGGAGGCCUCGGGCGUCGGCGCUCACAUCCAGACGAUGGUCGAGGCGCACGGGCUGGCCGACACGGUGACGGUCCUGCGCGAGAGGGUCGAGCAGGUGGACGUGAUUGUGUCCGAGUGGAUGGGCUACUUCCUGCUGCGCGAGUCGAUGGUGCUCCUCGCGCGGGACCGCUGGCUCAAGCCGGGAGGAGUCAUGUACCCUUCGCACGCGCGGCUGCUCCUCGCGCCCUCCGCGCUGCCCCGCUUCCUGCUCCGCCGCCGCGAGGAGAUUGCGAGCUCGAUGCACGCGUGGGAGCAGCUCGCCGCCGAGCUGCGGAGCAAGUACUCCCUCCGCCUGGACGCGCUGCAGGCCUCGACCCGCCGCCCCGCCCCUCGCACGCCCCUCCGCCCCCCCCGCCCCCCCGCCGCCCUCGCGCCACUCCCGCCGCCCCGCCGCCCUCGCCGCCCGCCGCCCUCGCCGCCCGCCUCGCAGGCCGCCUACGAGCGCGAGCACCACGAGUACGCCUUCUCCGAGGCGUGGCAAGGCAUCCUCCCCGCCUCCCUCCUGCGCGACGAGCCGCAGGUGCUGCUCGAGGCGGACAUGCACUCGGUGACGCACGCGCAGUUCUUCGACUGGCAGACCGAGGUACAGUUCGCGCCGCCGCACGCCGACGAGCCGCAGCACGGCCUCUGCGGCUGGUUCGACGUCCGCUUCUGUGGCUCCGAGUCGCAGCCCGCUCACGAGUGCGUCGAGCUCGACACCUCGCCCGAGGCGCCGCCGACGCACUGGGCGCAGACCACGCUGCUGCUCGAGCGGCCGCUCGACGGGUCACCGCUCGUCGUCGCGCUCGCGCAGAACAGCGGCUUCCACCACGACCUCAACGUGACGGUCUCGUCCGGCGCGUGGAGCGCGUCGUAUGCUGUGACGGCCGACUUUCGCGGCGGCGAGGACUUCCUGGAGGACGCGGAGGCGGAGGAGGGGGAGGAGGGGGCGUAG